UAAUGCCGCGAUGUCUCUUAGAUUUCCGGGUAGGGAGAUAUCCAGAUCUUGCAUGGAAGAUGAACACGACAACAAGCAAGUACCUUUUCUUGUAUACUUUGCGCACACUCCAUUUUUAUUGGACAGGGACUCAACAUGCUCGAUAGAACGAAUGACUCUGAACGAUGUUGAUCAACCAAGAACAAACCAAUCGAUGGAAUGUCAGCAAAACACCGCCGCACCUAGUCAUAGCAGAAGGAUUGGUCGAUGAAAUAUCAACAACACCGCCGCACUAGGACAUUGCCAGAGGAUCAAUUUAUGAUGUCAACAACACGCCGCCGCACCUAGUCAUAGCAGAAGGAUCAAAAAAAGGAUUCACGAGAGCGUCAUCUGCACCUGCUAUCCGUUAUUCCCGGCUGCUCGUACCUCCCAUCCGUAGCUCAACAAGUGCGUUCAGGAGGGAAACUAACUUGCUGUAAGUGGACGACAAAAAGGUAUUUAAGAACCGUCAAUGUCCCCCUGAUUCUACCCAUCACUCAACACCGCUUACUCUCAUCAUUACCCACUCAAACUAACAAACAAACAUUCACCAUGCACCUCACCAUGCGCCUCACCACUCUCUUCUUCCUCGCCGCCGCCGCUGCUGCUGCUCCAACAGCCUCCCCCGAUUCCUCCCUCAACCCCGCAGACUUCCCCAAUCUCCCCGAGGGCAUCACAGUCGAUAACCUUCCCCCCGGAACCUCGCCAAACUGGCCCGUCGUGCUCGUCACCACGACGCUCGAGCGCCGCCACUUGGCGAAGCGCGACUGCGCUUGCUACUGUGGCUCGGGCUCUCGAUGCUGCACUGUGUGCAGCAACGGCUGUGGUGGGAACUGCACGGUUAUCUGUGGGAAUGAUCCUUCGAACACGGAGGGUUCGUGGUGA